GUUUAUCGCGAGCGGAAUCACAAGCCACGUUUCUCGGGCGACAUUCUCAUUGCUGCGGCGAGAGAAUCACGGAUAAUUGCAGUGUCUUGUCAUACAGCUCUGCCAAUAUUUUUCUGACCACGAAAGCCACGCUGAAACGCCUUCCCCGAGCUGCCUAGGCCGAAUUUAUCCUAAUUUUUCCACCCCACCAUUGCCCGCGGGGCUCGUGUAUAUAAACAACCCGAAGAGCAAAAUGGUCCAUGCAACGCCAGUCCCAAGCAGUGGCUUCCAAGCUCUGAUUCUCUGUGGUCCCGGUGAAAGCUUGAAUACAAUUUCCUCUAAUCCGGAAGAGAAUCCAAAAUGUUUAAUCCCUAUCGCAUUAAGGCCGAUGGUGUACUACCCGUUGGAUUGGUGCAAGCGCGCAGGAAUAACCGAUAUCACAUUGAUUACACCUCCCUCCGCUCUUACUUCUCUCAAGGCCGCCCUACAACAGAAUCCUUUCCUUACCUCGCUCCCUUCACCCUCGCCCACCGUUAUAGCCCCGAAGGAUCUCAAAAUGACGACAGGAACAGCAGAACUCCUUCGUCUACCAGAGGUACAAGCUUGCAUACAAUCUAAUUUCUUGCUCCUAAGCUGCGAUUUAUUGUGCGAUAUCCCCGGCGAACAUUUACUUGAGGCAUGGUUAGUCUCACAGGGCGAGUUGGGCUCAUCUGCUCAAGGAGGCUUAUCCGUGUUCUAUCCUGCAAAAGGCAUUAAAGACGAGAUCAAGAAAGAGCCAACAGAUUUUAUGACGAUUACUUCUCUUGAGCAAGAUAAGGUUCCUGCCGUCUCACGAUAUGAGCUCUCAAAACUAGUUAUGUCCAUGCCGAUGGAUACCUUGAAAGAGCAGAUAGAGAACGAUAAGAGCUUUUUGCUCCGUCAUACAUUGGUUGAGAAGCAUGCCUCGGUCAAAAUGUUGACCAGCUACCGAGACGCACAUCUAUACAUUCUGCCGAAGUGGGUCCGAUCAUUUGCCCAGCACCAGGAGCGGUUCGAAUCCGUCAGUGAAGACUUGAUUGGAUAUUGGGCGAAGGCGGAGUGGCAGCGUGGGCUAGGUGAAAAGCUCGGAAUGAAUGAGAUAUUGGGCGGACGGAAUGAGAGUCAAGAGGAACAUGGAAGCAACGACGGCGAUUUAUUGGAGGACGAGAUCGAUCUUCAGGGCAUGAUCACCACCCACUCCCAGGGUUCCGAGGCCCGGAGCGCAAAGUCUUCCCUCAAAGGCCAAUCCUCAGUGGAAGUACCGCCGAUUUUAGCAUACAUGACGAAGCCGUCUAAGCAAUUGAUUCGGCGUGUGGACAGUGCCGCCCUGGUGUUAGCGAUGUCAUUGCGUCUCGCCAAGCUCGAGUCUAUUGAAGAGGUUGGCCGUACUGCUGCUUCGCCAUUCAGCCAUGCCUCGAAGAUUGCUACCCCUGAAGGAAUUGCCGCGAAGUCUAUUGUCACGAAAGGCGAUUGUUUACUAGGAUCUAACGUGACGGUGGAGGAACGGUGCGUCAUAAAAGAAUCGUGCGUUUCGUCUAAUGCAAAAAUUUGCAGCGGCGCUCGCUUGACGAGAUGUGUAAUUAUGGACAACGCGGUCAUCGGGCCAAAGUGUGUUCUCACAGGAUGUAUCGUCGGUAGAUACAGUCAGGUCGGACAAGAUUCUGUUCUUAAGGACUGUGAGGUCCAAGAUGGCGUUGUGGUUGAGAAGGACACCGACGCUAAGAAUGAGCAAUUUAUGAGCUUUGAGGGUCUCGAUGAGGUCGAUGAGGACGAUAUGGAUAUGUAGAAUGAUGAGAACAUGAACACAAUAAAAAUGAUAUCUUGAGGCUCAGAAGCUAG